GUUAUCUUCAUACUAAAAGUCUGCCCUUUUCCACAUUGUCGCAAGUUUACACAUAUCACCCUUUUCUGCAGAGUGGCCAUAAAAUAUUCCAUUGAAUUGAGCAGCAGAUAUCCAAACAAUUUUGCACGGUAGUGAAAUUAUUAAUUGCACCUCAAUUCAAAUUUGAAAAAUUUUAUCAAUUAGAAAUCCGCACUAAAAAAAAACGGAAGAAACUCGUGAGAAACAAAUCAAAUUAUGAAGAGAAAAAAACUUUUUUUUAUUAUUCUAUAAAGUUAAUCCCAUAUGGCAAAUCUAAAGAACAUGCAAAUAUAUACAUAACAUAUAUAUAUACCUAUUUAAAUAUAUGAUGAAAUGAAAAAAAAAAUAUCCAUGGAAAUAUGGCGCAAGGAUUUAUUGGGUCCAAGAACACUCUAUUAUUGUAUAAAUUUAAAGAAUGAAAAAUGCAACUCAAAGAAAAUAUCGUGAUGCAAUGAACAGAGAAAGAAUACGAGACACAGGAAGAGAUAUUUAUAAGAGAUGUAUAAAAUUAAGAGUACUGUUAAAAGGAAUUUAUUGUGAAUUCUUUCAAUUGUAAAAUUGCUCUCCUUCCUCUUUUUGGACAAACCUUUUUACCCUAAAAUGAACAUUUAACGAAUUUUUAACCAAUUUUGCGUAGUGUUUUUCUCCAAAAAAAAAUAAAAAAUAAAACUUCUUGAACGAGAGGUACUUAUUGAGUAAAAUCUAACGAAAAAGACAACGUAUUUAACAGAAGAAGAAUAAUGAAUAUUGCAACAUAAAUUGUGAUGAAGAGAAAUAUAAAAAAAAUACUGCUAAUGUUUAAUAAUUCAAAUUCUAUGUAUUUUGUGCCUAAGACCAUCGCCAAUCCCACGGUUUUCGGAUUGUUAAGUUCAUGUACAUUUGGAAGUCCCUUUUCUCAUUUUAUCAGAAACUUUCCUGCUACAGCAAACACUUGAAAGAAGAAAAAAAAAUGUUUGGGACAUAAUCUAGUAAAUCAUUGUAUAUAGUUAAAUUCUGUAAAUAGAGUUUAAAUAAGAAAAAAAGAAAGAAAUUAUAUUUGAAACUAAAUCUUAUGAUGACCUUAGCUAUUUUUGGGAAUUAGUUGGAAGAGUAUAAAUAAUAAAUAAAUGAAAAAAAGAGAAAUUUAAAAAUUAAGCCUCAUAUCUUCUAAAUCUAUGAUUUCUCUCAAAUAUCUCCUAACUUGACAUUCUUUGUACAUCGAAUGUAAAAGCUGAAAGAAAAUAUGGAAUUUCAAAAAUCCUUUACCAACACAUCUAUUUUCUAUUUUGCAGAGCAUAACUAAAUUAUUUACUUACUAUACAGUAGUGAUUUGGAAGAUGUAUAAUAAGAGUGAAAAUAUACUCUAGUCCCUGCCUCUUAAUAAAUUUGACAAGAAAAUAGAAGUAUUUUUAAUGAGACAAAACUAUAGGCUAUAACACACACACUUACAUAUAUGAAACUAAAUUAUUGAUUAGAUUGAUUUUUAAUUUAAAAAUUGAAAUUUCGAUCAUCAAAAAUUAUACUGCAAGCACGAGGAAUUUAUUCAAAGAUAAAAAGUAAUGUUAAUAAGUUAAAAAAAAAUUAACAAAGGAAAAAAUAUUAAAUCGGAAUCUCUAUACAAAUGAAAAAAAUCAUUCCUUAUGGUUGAAUGGCAAGUAAUGCAAUCUCAAUGGUGUGAUUUUUGAGAAUGAGGAAAGGCGUCUUCAGUUAGAAGGCCGCACUCUCAUUUGCCCUGUAGGAAAAGCAUAGAACUGUGUGAAAUUUUAAGUUUGCACUUCUAAACUCAUAUGUCUUAUAGUCAUCUCAUGAGAGGAAGAAAGAAAGCAUAUAUAUACAUAUAUAAAAUAAAUUAUAUUCUGAUUCUCAUACGUGUGUAUCUGAGUCACUCCCUUGACCACUUGUUGCUCUCCUCUUGGCCGACUUUAGCGUUCGAGCGCCGAGACGACGGACACGACGCAACAAUGCUAGUUCAAAUAGCAGAGCACAUAUUCACUGUCUGUUGUUUGGCGAAUCUCAGCGAAAACUCACCGCGAUUUUGGUGGAAAAUCUAUUUUUACUGUCGUUCCUCCUCAGUUGUUCUCGAGACUUUGCGGGUGACUGCAAAAAGUGAGGUCUUACAUAAAGCCCGGAUUUGCUCGGUGCUUCUCAACAGGCAUCUUCGAGGGUGAUGCCUGUCCAGUAGAUCCACGGACAAGGGCCAGCAGUGUGGGAGGGAAGAAGUGUGGGAAUUUUGGGUUAAUCUCUGUGGAUUUUAGGGAGUGACAAAGUGCCUUAAUGUUCGUGUCACCAUUUCGGCGAGAUCGCUGGCUAUUUAUACUUCUCAAUGUAGUGAUCCUGCUGGUGGUGUGUUUGGCGCUGGUGCAACCCAGCGAUGGCUUCAAAUUGACCGCCUCCUCGACUUCUGGGGUGUCGCGAGAGUGGCGAAAGAGCCCACGAGUGCGUGACAUUCUGCAGAAGGUUCAGCUGUCCACGAAACUCCAGCGAGACGACGAUGACGACAAUGACGCCAAGGAGGAUGCUGAUGAUGAUGAGGACAGCGCUGAAGAGAAGCCAGAGUACAAGUUCGAGAAGGUGCAUCACAGCGAGAUCAGGAAGAAGACUCAAGACGAAGCGCUUCCCAAACGAAUCAAAUCCAAAGCGUCAAGAGUGGAAAUAGCCCAAGAUGACGACGAUGACGAUGAUGACAAUGACGACGAUGACGACGAUGACGAAGAGGAUGAAGGGCCAGAUCCUGCCUGGUGGAAUUUCUACGGACUAUUCUCCAGCAAGAAGGGAAAAUUCCUCAGCGUAAUGCAGUCUGUGCGAGAGAGUGAAAACGAAGAAAUUCGGCAAGAAGUGAAGACUGAGCCUUUGAACGGGAAUCUCUGGAAAUCCUACUUCAAUCGAAAGCCCUUCAAUCUUAUCUUCGACUUUGAUAAUGAUGAUGAUGAUGAUGAUGAUAAAGACGACGAUAAAGACGACAACGAUAAGGACAGCAAAGAGGAGACCAAGUCUGGGAAGAAGGACAGCGGCAAAAGCAAGGAAAAGUCCAAGGGGCCACUGACGGCGGAUGACUUUGAAGACAUGCUACUGUACUUGCCGUCCUUCGUUCCGAACUACACCAAUGUGGAAAAUAUGGAUUGCCGGAGGCAAGGACAAAUCUUCCAGCGGCAGCUUCGCGGGCAGAAAUUGUGGGCUUUUCAGAUGCUGGACGCCACAGGGAAAAUCGGCUCAGGCCUUCUUCAGGGAAAUGUGAAUCAGCUGGGCAAUUAUGAGCUUUGCACAGACAUUGCCACGCGCAUAAAGGUGACUGAGAAGGAUUCUGUGCGAAUUCAGGGAAAAUAUUGCCUGGCAUCGGUGGAGUUGCAAGCCGAAGAGGAAAAUCUCAAGCUACCUCUGCAUCUUAUUCAGGGAAAAUCCCUCCUGAGAAGUUCCAUCUCGGACCCAAGUCACUUCCUGCCAAGAUUCACGGUGUUCCACUGGGGCAUUUGCGUGCCAGCUGCAUGCUCAGCGGCCGACAUAGAGGACUAUCUGGAGGAUACACUCGAGAGCUACAAUGCCACGGGAGUGUCCGUGCUGGUGGACCUCGAGGAUGAGGAUUGCUACGUGAAGAAGUCACACAACUGGAACAAUUUGCUGAAGACUGAGUGGGAACUUACCGCCACGCUGGCCGGAGUGUGUUUCAUCCUCGUGAUUGCCGCACUGGCCACGAUGAAUGACUGCUGGACGCAGUGGAAACAGGCGACUAUCGUGAUAGAGAUUGUGGAUGGGAAUGACGAGGAGGGAAAGGAAGCUGAAGGUGAAACACUCGGUGAAACAAUUCCACUGGAGGGAACAAGUACAGAACCUCUGGAGACAGUGAAUCAGGUGCUGAUGACAUUCUCUGUGAGGCAGACGCUUAGGGAUUUAGUGCAUUUGAGAGACGGUGAAAUUGGGUGCAUUCAUGGCCUCAAGGCGUUUGCUUCGCUUGCCAUCUUCCUCACAUUCAAGACUCUGCAGAUUGUGCGGCUGCCCUGGUCUAAUAGGAUUUCCCUCACUGAGACCCUCGACAAUCCUGCCACAGUGCCUUUGCGGUCGCCUCUGCUGUCCAUGGAUGUGUUCCUGGUGCUCAGUGGCAUCCUUGUGGCGUAUUCCACGUGCAGAGACUUCGAGACUCAUGGCCAGAUAAGGUGGAUUAGGAGACUUUUCGGUCGAAUAUUGCGUCUCUUGCCACUUUUGAGUCUCUCCACGCUCUUCAUCGCAUGGAUCUGGCCAUAUUUGGGCUCGGGGCCUCUCUGGGGAGACAUUGUCGAGGAAAACUCGGAUCUGUGCCAAGAGAGCUCCUGGAAGAACUUCCUCUUCAUCAACAACUGGGAUGAUGUGGAGGAUUCUUGCUCUCCUCACACCACUCAGCUGGCCAUUGAGUUUCAGCUCUUCCUCUUGUCCCCUCUGGUCAUCUGGCUGAUGUACAGAUCUCCAGUGAUGGGAUUAGGACUAUUCGGGCUCCUCCAUGCUUUUUCCGCAGCAACAAGGUUCUCAGACACUCAACUGAACAGACUCUCGCCGUGGAUCUAUCACGGAAUGAAACUCUCUCAGAUUCACAGGACUAUCAAUUUGUCCUUCGGGUCGCUUCUGCACAGAAUCACUCCCUACAUGGGCGGCCUGGGACUCGGUGUGAUGCUUCACCAGACCGGCAGGAAUGUGCGUCUGUCUGAUGGAAUCAAGUACGGCGGAUGGGCGUCCUUCCUGGUCUCCGUGGCCUGGUGCUUCGGCUCUCAGUGGGACAUCACGCGACGCGACUUCGUGUACGAUCCAACAGACAUGGCGAAAUCAAGUGCAUGGUCUCCACUCAUUUGGACCAUCGCCAUCAACUGGAUCGUCUUCGCCUGCCACACGGGAAAUGGAGGCAUUCUCAAUGAAGUCCUCUCAUCGAAGCCCAUGAUAUUCCUGAGUCGCAUCUCCUAUGCAAUGUACUUUGUGCAAUUCAUCGUGCUGAACACUUUUGCAGCCACCGUGCAGCAUCCGGAUGCAUUUGGCUUGUCAGAUUUCUUUGAUUGGGUGGAAAUUGGAGUGAUUAUCGCCUCGGCGACAGUUCUCGCAUUGAUCUUUGAUCUACCGCUGCACAGCGUGAAGGCUCUGCUCCUCAAUGCCGUCCAGGCGGAAGGAACUGCAGCUUCGACUUCCCCAGCGGAAGUGGAUGAGGCGACAGAGUCACGAGACGCGCCUGAGGAGGAAAUUGACGAUGUCUUUGGUGGUCAGGACGAGACGGAGUUGCCAAAGAGGAAAAUUAAGUUCUACGCGGAAGAGAAUGAAGCUGAAGAAGCGGAAGGUCAAGAGGGUGGCGAGGCGGCUGCAGAUGACAUUUGGGGCGCAGAUGAAAGUGAGGAAUUCACACCCAGAAGACCGUCAUAUGGCCAGCGGUACAGCUACAGUGCUCCGGAGGAAGACCACCAAGUGGCAGGUGUUGCGGCGGAUUCGGAGGAGGAGGAAGAAGAGGAUGAGGAGGAGGAGGAGGAAGAGGAGGAGAAGGAGAUUGCCAGAAGACCGAGACGCUGGUAACAUGCAUAGCAAUUUCUCAGCGAUUGUUAAACAUUAUUCUUUGCACUCUUUUCAUUUAUCACCCACUCAUGAAAACUCAGACGUAGUUUCCAAGGGAAGCACAGCGCUUUCCGGAAAUGUUCACAACUAUAAAUAAUUGAUUCAUUAUCAGUUGUAAAUUUUACAAAAUAAUUUAUUUAUUAUCUCUUCCGUUUGUGACUGUUAAUAAAGUAAGUGAAACCAUUUGUCUUACUUUAAAAGAUAGAGAAAAAUGAAAGGGAGAGAGAGAGAGAGAAGUAGUGAAAGAGACGGAAUGUAAAUAAAUAGAAAAUAUUUACAGCAAUUUUAAAGCUAAUUACACUCAUAAAAUAAACACCACAUUAUCCAUAUAUCAUUGGUAAAAUCAAAUAGAGGCAAAGAGAGACUUCCCUCACUUAUAUGUACAGACUCACUUCCCAAAGAAAAACAGAAAUUGUUCUAUCCAGAGGGAGAAAAUUCAAUUACAAUAUCAAUUACGUUAUCAGACAUCUUCUCUAUCACACUUUGUCUCGAGAGAGAGCGCGAGCAGAAAGAAAUCCUCACAUCAACUACACCGCUUAGGAGCUAAUUUAUAAUUUAAAUACUGGUUUAAGGAGGAAUUGAUGCCCAUUGAUUUCCUCACGCGAGGCAGAAAUGAGGAAAGCCUCUGGCCAAUUCCUACGCGGAUUCCUCCGACGUGCUGGGACUAUUGUUGGUUCUCUUCCUCUUCUGCUCAUC